GAAAAUACAAACCGGUGCGAGUAGGAGGGGGAGCUGAGUGAGAGCGAGCUGAUAAAGAAAGCGGAGAGAGAGAGAAAGGGGGAAAGGAGAACGGGCGCUCGGCUUUGUUUGUAUAGAGAUAAAUAGCGACGUAGUCACCCAUCGACAGCGUGGGGGAUUUUAGGAAGUCCUGGUCUGCUCGUGGCUUGUUUUUGUUUUAUUAGCUCAGUAAUCAUGGCCUGCGGAGCGACGUUAAAGCGGUCUAUGGAGUUUGAGGCCCUGCUCAGCCCUCAGUCUCCCAAGCGGCGGAGGUGCAACCCGCUGCCGGGCAGCCCGGCCGCUCCGUCCCCGCAGAGAUGCAGCCUUAGGCCGCCUACAGAGACCCCGCCGAACCCGGUGUCACCCCAGCCCAUGGGAGGAGAGCACAGGUUAACCCCAGAGCAGAUCUUCCAGAACAUCCGGCAGGAGUACAGCCGCUACCAAAGGCGGCGGCAACUGGAGGGGGCCUUCAACCAGACGGAGGCGGCAUGCGGCUCUGCUGAGGGCUCCAGCCCCUGCCCUGUCAUCUCCUCCCCCAGCUCACCCUCAGGUGCCUCGUCAUUGAAGAAGGACCAGCCCACGUUUACGCUGCGGCAGGUGGGCUACCUCUGUGAGCGCCUCCUCAAAGACCACGAAGAGAAAAUCCGUGAGGAGUACGAGCAGAUCUUGAACACAAAACUGGCAGAACAAUACGAGUCAUUUGUGAAAUUCACACAAGACCAGAUAAUGCGGCGGUAUGGAGCCAGGCCCGCCAGCUAUGUAUCUUGAAGAACCUCAUGGAUGGGUACCAGCCAGCCCUCACCGUCGCGGUUGCUGCUGCAGUACCACCACCAUCCUACACCUGACCCCCCUCCUUCCCCCUUUUUAAAAAGUGCUCGGGUGCCAUGGGUUAUCCACAUUUACUUCCCCACGUAAUUCUGUACUCUCGCUGAAGGCCCAGCUACGACUGAGUAAAAUAAGAAUAAGAUCCGUUUGGGUAAAUCUGUUUUUUUUUUUUUUUUUUUUUUGAAAAACUAAACGCAGCAGCUGAUUGUGGGACUGCGCGCCGCUGUAGAAAAGCUCGGCUAACGUCUGAAUGUUUCUGUAUAAUCUACCCUGUCAAUGGGCUGCAGCAGCAGUAACGGACUCUGCCUCUCUCUCUCUCUUUUCUCUCUUUCUUUUCUCUCUCUCUUUUUAUCUAUACUUUGUUUCCAAACUCUUUACCUGAGGAAUGUGGAUCUUAUUAUUUUUUUCUCUUCUUUUUCUUUUUUGACAAUAAAGGAUCUGUGAUAAGCCAGUGGUCUUCUCAGA